CAUGUGUGAGAAACGUAAAAGGCUGUGACGUAGUCGACAACGCCAGACAGUCAGCGGGACAGCAGCCGUACGAGGAGCGAAACCGGAAUUAUUUACUGACCCUGGUCUCUAUCUUUUCUUUGGGUCGCAAUUUUUUUAUAACAACAACAAUAAGGUUCGAAGAAGAAGAAGUAAAAGAAAAGAACUGCGCAGAGAAGCGGAGUGUAAAAAACAAUAACAUCUUCUUCAGAAUCAGUGGUGGUGCUCCCUUCAACACAUUGUGUCUCACCUUCGCGACUUUUAGAAGAAUCGGACAGUAAAAUAAUCAACACCGGACUGAUUGCUAGCUCGUACGACUGUGAGCUGCUGAAGACGGCUGUCCUGGGUCUGUUCUGCGUCCUUGAUAUAUAAAUAUAUAAAUAUAUAUCUAACUACAUAUGUACAGACAUAUAUGUAUGUCUAUAUGUGAUAUAAAAACAUCUCCGAGCUGGUGUCUCGUCGUCAAGUCUUUUGGUAAGAUUUUGCUGUGUUUGUUUUCUUAACCAAAACUACUUUAAAAAAACAGCUCCUUAUGACAGUAUGUCUUAAUUCCAUCUCCGUCUGUAUAUUUUCCGUAGACUGGCUUCUGUCGUCACUUUAAUUCCACCACAACACCGUUAUAAUUACCAUUAUCAUCAUCACUACAUAAAGCAAUUACUGUUAAUCUUCCUCCUUUACAAAAAAAAUAAAUAAUAAUAAUAAUAAAUUCUGCAUCUAUUUCCAUAUAUCAUCAUUGCAAUUACUACUGCUGCUACUACUUACUACUCCUAACAUUACUGCCACCAUUACUACUACUACUACUGCUGUGAUUCUCUCGCCCUCUGUGUCUCUUAUUUCCCUGUCCCGAAAUUAGUCGACUCCGCUGAGCUCCCGAGAGAGCUUUUAAAAUAAGUGAGAAGAGAAGUAUAAAACGAAAUAAAUAAUGGGUGACUACAAUAACCGCAUGGCCGAAUUGAACUUGGAUACCACCACUACCUUUGAAGCAAACGAAAUGUCUGCUAAGAACAAUAAUAAUAGCAUUGGUAAGAGAUCAACCACAGACAUAAUUACACCCGUUAUCGAAGAGGGACAGUUUACCGAUGCUGUUGACCAGGAGGAAGUAAUGUCGCCCCCCACUAAUGCCAGCGAUAAGAAUCACCAAGAACAACAACACGACACUCAGACUGCUGGCGAGGAGGAUGAGGAUGAGAACAACAAAAACGACGACGAUGACGACGACACCACUUCUGUCAGUAUCACCUCCGUCACCAGUGUCCCUGCCACUGCAAAUGGAGUUGCUCACCGCGUUGAUGAUGAUAAUGACGACCAGAACAAUUACCACGGCAACCACCAGCUGUCUUCAAAUCUUCCCGUCGGAGAUCCGGCUUCGACGCCACUUGCUGGUCCCUGUGCUUCGCCUCUCAAGGAACGGCAGCAACAAGAACGCGAACAAGAUAAAGAAGUUGGAGGAGAAAGAGAGGUAGAAUCGUUUAGACCAGUUGAAGUGGAAAUUACUCCAGCCCAACCUCCUUUACCGGUGUUGGCACCUGCGCCUGUACUCCGAGUGGAACAGUUACGGGAGGAAGAUUAUGGAUCUUCGCCGUCUUCCUACACCAGUGAAGAGGAGGGCUAUAGUUUUCCGGAAUUCUCCGAUGACCCCGAAGAGCGGGAGAAGCUUCCCGAAUUUGUCGAACCAAGUGAAGAGCUUCAGGAGAAAAUCGUUAACCAGGUGGAAUUUUACUUCUCCGAUGCCAACAUCCUGAAAGAUGCUUUCUUAUUGAAGCAUGUUCGUCGUAACAAGCAGGGUUUCGUAAGCUUGAAGCUGUUAACCUCCUUCCGCAAAGUGAAAACGCUGUCCAAGGAUUACCGUGUAGUGGCCUACAGUUUGCAGAAGUCCAAAGUUCUUGAAGUGAACGAGGAGGGUACUAAAGUCCGACGGAUCGAUUCCUUACCUGAGUAUGAUGAGACUACCCCUUCACGGACUGUCGUUGUAGUCAACCUUCCAAUCAAGAAUCCAGCUAUUGAAAAUGUGGCCGAACUAUUUUCCAAAUGUGGAGUCAUCUCUCUCAUACGCAUCCUGCGACCCAAAGGUUCCAUACCACCGGAUAUUAAGAAAUUCUCGUCCAAGCAUCCAGAAAUCGGUACUACACUUUGUGCUGUGAUCGAAUUUGAGACGUUCGAAGGUGCUAAACAAGCCUGUACCAUGCACAAUGCCGAUGACUGGCGCAGUGGGAUGCGUGUUGUGCAACUGUCUGCUAAGAAGAAAGAAAAAGACAAAAAGAAACCUGUUUCUUCGAAUAAUAACAAUGCUAAGAGCGGUUCUGCGAACUCGAACACUGCCACAGACAAAGAGAUUGUUAGUUUGGAAGAUAAGAAGAAAAAGAAGGGGUGUCGAAAGAAGAAGCGAAUUGAGGAACUCUGUCGCGAAACUGAGUCAUCAUGCUAUAGUAGCGGAUCUGAAGCGGACACUCCUCAGACACUUUUACAUAUGCCUUCACUGGACCCUAGCAAACUGAGCCCUGUAACGACUCCUAAACCAAGCCCAAGGUCAACUCCGAAAAGCAGCCCGAGAACCCAGCGCCGGAAAUGGAUGACGAAAAAAUCCCCCUUGGCUGAGACUGACAACAGUCCAAGGAUUAGUCCACAG